AUGGCAGAAGCUCCACAGCCCAACUCCACCUUCUCACGCCCAACCUUCUUCAUACUGACUGGCAUUCCAGGGUUAGCAGGUGCCCAGGCCUGGCUGACCCUGGUCUUUGGGCCCAUGUAUCUGCUUUCCCUGCUGGGCAAUGGAGCACUGCUGACAGUGAUGCAGAUAGACCCCACGCUGCACCAGCCCAUGUUUCUGCUCCUGGCCAUGCUGGCAGCCACAGACCUGGGCUUAGCCACAUCUGUAGCCCCAGGGCUGCUGGCUGUGCUGUGGCUCGGGCCCCGGCCUGUGCCAUACGCUGCCUGCCUGGUCCAGAUGUUCUUUGUUCACGCACUGACUGCCGUGGAAUCUGGGGUGCUGUUGGCCAUGGCCUGUGACCGUGCUGUGGCAGUAGGGCGUCUGCUGCACUACUCUGUCCUAGUCACCAAAGCCUGCAUGGGCUAUGCGGCCUUGGCCCUGGCGCUGAGGGCUGUGUCUAUCGUUGUGCCUUUCCCUCUGCUGGUGGCACGAUUUGAGCACUUCCAAGCCACGACCAUAGACCACGCCUACUGUGCCCACAUGGCAGUGGUGGAGCUGGUGGUGGGUAACACACGGUCCAACAACUUGUAUGGACUGGCACUUUCAUUGGCCGUGUCAGGUGUAGACAUUCUAGGCAUCACCGGCUCAUAUGGGCUCAUUGCCCAGGCUGUGCUGAGGCUGCCCACCCGGGAAGCCCGUGCCAAGGCCUUUGGUACAUGUAGUUCCCACAUUUGUGUCAUUCUGGCCUUCUACGUGCCUGGUCUCUUCUCCUACCUCACACACCGCUUUGGUCGUCACACCGUCCCAAAGCCCGUGCACAUCCUUCUCUCUAACAUCUAUCUGCUGCUGCCACCUGCCCUCAACCCCCUCAUCUAUGGAGCCCGCACCAAGCAGAUCAGGGACCACCUCCUAGAAAUCUUCACAUUCAGAAAAAGCCAGUUCUAA